AAUGAUACAUAUGAUAUAAUAAGAUCUGCUAUUGAUCAAUUAUCUACAAUUGCUUGUUUAGUGAAUAAUGUUGGUAUGGGAUUACCAUUAGAGUUAUUUACUGGAGAAAUGGAUUCACCAAAUGAAGAAUCAAUCAGAAAUAUCAUUCAUUGCAACAUUUUGUCUACAGUAAUGAUGACAAGCAUCAUUCCACCAAAAAUGUUAACACAGAAAGGACCUAAUCCUGGUAUUAUAAACCUUGCAUCUUAUUCAGCACUUAGAACAACUCCAUAUUUAACUGUAUAUUCUUCAACAAAAGCGUUUAUCAUACAAUUUUGUAAAUGUUUAUCUACUGAGACCUUUCUAAAGAAUGUGAUUAUACAGACAUUAUGUCCAUUAAUUAUCUAUACCACAAUGACUGAACAUGAAAAACCAUCAUAUUUUAAUCCAUCGGCUAAAUUAUUUGUUCAUAGUGCAUUAAAUAUGUAUGGUGUAGUACAACAGACUACUGGUUAUAUAUUACAUGAAUAUAAAGCUUAUUUAUUUGAUUUAUUACCAACAUCAUUAUGGAUAUUAUUGACACAUGCUAGAGUGAAUGCACGUAAGAAAUAUGUAUAA